AUGGAAGAAAAAAAGAAACCAUCGUUUCGUGGUAUUUUGGUUGAGUUUAUGGGAUAUACGACAGGCCAUGGUUUUGGCAGGCUUGUUGAGGCCACGACAUUUGUGUGGAGAAUAUUCUGGAUCCUGGCAAUCCUCGGCGCUUCUGGGAUGUUCGCCAUGGAAGUAACGAAUCUCUUCAAGUUGUAUUUAUCACGACCUGUGCAAACAUCUGUGACUAUUACAUUCGAAAAGGUAUACUACUAUAUUAGAAUGUUAGGGUUUGUAAUCCAAGUGAGAAUAUAUACAUUUUAAGACCUAACCAGGAACGACUGCGAAAAAUGCAGCACAAGGUCCUCUGGUAGGAAUUGAACCUACGGCCCUGCGAUUCCGGUGCAGCGCUCUAACCAACAGAGCUACAGAGGCCAGCUGUUGAGCUGUAACCGUAAGUUCAUGUAUAUAUAGGUAAUCGGGUGUGCGGGUUGUGAUAAGGUGGACUUCAAUGAGUGAUUUGGUAUAUACUACCAUAUAUACUUAGUAUCCUGUCGAAGCACUGUGACACAUUCAUUUUGGUCACCAAAACUUUCAGCAUCGGUACUUAAUAAAGACGAACCGAUGUUAAAUGUUUACGCACUGCGAUUCAUUUAACCUCGGUUGGUCUUCAAACGCCGAUGCUGAAUGAUUUUGUGGCCAAAAGCAGUGUGUUGUAGCGUUUUUUUUAUCCAAUUGAAGUCUCAGAUGAGUCAAGUUCAUCAAACUACUGUGUUAUAAAUUAAUUUAUUAUCAUUGCAAUGAAUACAUUUAAUUUAAAUGCUUGCGUUUUUCUGCGACACCCUGUAGAAAGGAUUUAAACUGAUUAUUAUUGAGGAUAGCAACUAUAGUGUAUUAGUGUUGUCUUUUACUUCAAUGGAGAAAAAUUUUCGAAACAGCCUUUUAACAGGUUAUCAAGUCGUCCAAACUUUAAAUUCAGUUAGUGAUAAUUUUAUAGUUUGGUUUAUUUAUUAAAAACCUUUUGCCUAUGCAAGCGCCUACUAUAUACAUAAAGCGUGGUGUUCUUUCCCUGAAAUGAGCUAUAUAGACGUAUAUUAUUUUGUUUAAUUUGGAAUGCUUAUCUCCGUUCUUGAAAUAAUUUCAGCAAUUAAACUUUCCUGCUGUCACCAUUUGCAAUUUGAACAUAAUAAAGAGAAGCUCCAUGACGUAUUUGCCAGACAAAGUUAAAGAACAUUUCAAGCUUAAUUAUACAUAUUACAACUAUGUUGAGGACAAGAAAGAUACCACUACCAAUAGCAGCAUCUCUGAGAAACCCACCGAAGCUUUUAAAGCCACUGAAAAGCCGAACCAGGUUGUCAGUAAGACCGAAAAGCCGAAUGUAGUUGUCAAUGGCACUGGAACACCGACUGAAGCUAUCAAAAUCACUGACAAGCCGAACCAAGAUGUCAGUACGACCGAAAAGCCGAAUGUAGUUGUUAAUGGCACUGGAACACCGACUGAAGCUAUCAAAACUACUGAAAAGCCAAAUGUAGUUGUCGAUAGUACUGAAACACCGACUGAAGCUGUCAACGUCACUGAAAAGCCAACUACAGGUCUCACUACGACUGGAGAACCGACCAAAGACCUAGGUACUACGUCUAAACGUAAGUAAAAGGAUUUCAAAUUAUACUUAGAAGAAUAUAGUGGCAUUCCCGAAUGUCAAAACACAAGAACAUGACACGCUUUUUUUCUGGGCGAGAGGAUUAAGGAUCCACGAUUUUGGUACAAGGUUUAUAGGAUAUAAACAUUAGCUAAUUUUGUCUUUUUAGUCACCUUUUGUCACAGGUUAUAGAACCCAAUUAUAGAACGUUUGCACUCAUUCCCCAGGGACUAAGAGUAUGUAUGUACUACUGUGUAUGUAUGUUUUUAUUUUAAAAUAUGUCUUCUCGCAUUUUAAACAAGUCUGAUGCAUGCAUUUUUUUCAAACCCUUUUUGUUUGCAUGGAUUUUUUUUCUGUUUUUUCCCCACCCUCCGCAUCACUUUUCUAAUGGUCCGUCCCUAACUCAACAAAAGCCAUGGCGGCCAUGUUGGUGUCCAGACAAAAGCAUAGAUUAAAGAAAAGAGUCUAAUUAAAAUUCUUUUGAAUUGGAACACCAACAUGGCGGCUGUGACGUCAUGUGCAAACGCCCUAUAAUUUUACAGCCAAAGGCAAAGAAAGAAGAAAACGUGAAGAAAAGAAAGAAGACUCGAAAACUGAUGGAAACAGUGAUAACAAGAAAAAUGAUGGGAAAUCUGAUACUGGAGCAUAUGAUGGGAAGUCUGAUACGGGAACUUAUAAAAACGCUGAUAACAAGAAUGGAAAUUCAGAUAAGAAAGAAAAUAAUGGCGAUGGAAAGGGGAAUGGGGAUUAUUAUCAUGACGAAAAGUAAUGAUAUUCAUUUGUUUAUUUCAUGUAAUAUUUAAAGAGGACUUCGUGGGAUUUCAACACAAAAUAUUGAUCGAUUCGGAAAAUAGCUACCGCAAUUUUGCAUUUUUUUUAUAUUUUAAUCGUUACCAGGCUAAUAACUGAACAAUUUUUCAACAGAGACUGUUACUUAAAGUGCCUAUGACACGAAAUUUUACCCCAAAGGUUUAUGGUUGUAUUGUAAAGAUAACUUAAAAUGACUCAAUAAUUUCUUUUAUAGAAUUUUGGUAACUUGCUCCCUUUCAAGAUAUUCAACUUUGUUUCAUAUGCAAAUAUCACUGGUGUGACAUAUCACAUCACAUAAUAAAUUUUCCGAGAAAAGUAUAGUUUUCUUGACGAAUACGUAUCUAAAAAACUUAAAAAUUGCCCGUAUAUAUGUAUUAAUUUCAUAACUGGUAAUUAACCCUCUGUAUUUGUUUGUAAAAAAUAUUUUAUCAGAAGGUAAAAUAUUGCGUUUUCAAAAUGUCAUCAUUAUGCGAUGUGAUGUCACACCGGUGAUAUUUGCAUAUGAAACAAAGUUGAAUAUCUUGCAAAGGAAGCAAGUUAAAUUUUAUAAAAGAAAUUAUUAAGUCAUUUUAAGUGAUCUUUACAAUGCAAUCAUAAACAUUUGGGGUGAAAUUUCGUUUCAUGGGAUUUGGAUUCGUGUAAUUUCGUGUCAUACGAUUAUAGAAGGUACUUUAAAGUCUCGGGAGCAUGUAUGAAAUGCUGUACUUAAAAACAAUAGCUUGAAUUCUAAAGGUCUCGUUUUUCUUAUAUACAUCCUGUAUAUUCGAUUGUCAAGGUAUUAUGACGAAUGGAAACCAGCUGAACAUUACAAGGAUAUUUCUGAUGAAUACCCAGAUGAGAAAAACGUGGACAAAGAAACAAAGCUGAGAAUGAAAGUCGAAUCGUACAUCGGUGGAGAAUCACCAGAGUUCCUAACGGGGCUUGGCCAUAAACGAUUUGAUUUGAUCCGAAAAUGUACAUGGAGGGGAGUAGACUGCAUUCAGGGGUAAGCUGCAAUGUUAAGCAACAAUCUAUAAAACAUUCUGGUUAAAUUUUCCUGGUUAACCAAGGAAUAACCAAGGGUGGGUUGGCUACAAAAUUUUUGUAGUUCGCUACUGACUACAGCUAUUGCUUGUAGUGAACUAUUUAAUUUCGCUACGCUAUAUUUUUUAAUUUUAUUGUAUUUGCAUGGAACAUAACAAAAUAACAGGCUAAAUGUAACCUAUAACAAAUCAACUUCCGAGUAGCAACAGUAAACACAAAGCAACAUUUUUGUAAGUGUUCAAUAGUGCAAAUUGACUAUUGAGUAUUGAGUAUUGAUUUUAAGCAAACCGUGUCUCAAUAUCAUUCUACUUUCUAUCAAGUUGCUAACAAUUUUAAAAAGUAGCGAAUAGUGAUUCCCUGUUUGAAAAGUAGUCAAAUACUUGGCUACUUUUAGGCAAAAUGUAGUUAUAAUUGGGUAGUUUAUAUUGUAGUGUAUAAAUACAGCUACUGUUUUAAAAAAGUAGCCAAAAACUACUGGCUAUAAAAGUUGUAGUUCGCUACAGUAGCGAACUACAACUACUUCGCUACUACACACCUUUGGGAAUAACCCAAAUAUUUCUGGUUUACUGUAGUUUACCUGGUUACUUUCUCCUUUAAAUGGUAUGAUAUAAAAACGUCUUAACAAAAAACAGUUUGAAAAAAACCCUGAUUUAUAAAAGAUUUGAAGAAACGUGUUUUAAAAAUGAAUAAUUUGUGCAUGGAUAGUUAAAUUAUAAAAUUAAAUGUAAGAGGUCUCUCUGUGCAUAGUUAAAAUCAGAAAAUAUGAUUCCAAUAACAUUUUGAUUUUUUGGUAGAAAUUUAAGCGUGUUUUGGAAAUGGAGCUGGAACUAUAAAUAUGGAAACUGCUACACAUUCAACGAUGGUAUAGAUGAUGACAAGCAACCUCUUCGCAUUUUAAAAUCAUCCAAGCCAGGACCAUCUCAAGGUUCAGUAAUUACCUCCGCCAGGAGGUUAUGUAAUCAUCUGGGUUUGUACCUCCGCCAGGAGGUUAUGUAAUCAUCUGGGUUUGUAUGUAUGUGUGUGUAUGUGUGUGUGUGUGUGUGUAUGUGUGUGUGUUUGUCUGUGAGCACGAUAACUCAAGAAAUACCAAACAUAUCCGUACGAAAUUUUGUGAGUGCAUUUCCCAUCGGCUAAGGAAGAACUGAUUAAAAUUUGGUUGAAUUUGGUUAAAAAUUGAACGAGAAAUGAUCAAAAUUUUGUCUUGCUUUUCCCGGUCAAUUAACAAAAAAUAUUACUGAAUGCGUAAUUAGGACGUGUAUAAUUUAUGCACUCAGUACUAAGACAAUAAUGAGAUGAUAAACCUCAUUAAGCUUCGGCCUUCAUUAUCUAUUGUCUUAGUUGCAUUUCACGCGACCGAAAUUCAAUGUCUAAAACAAGGCUUACGGAGUUACGCAUUAUUACGUUCAGCAAAGUGCCAGUCCAUUCAAAUUCUAACAACAUUAGAUUACUUCAAUACAGGGUGUAUAAAAAGAACGCAACCUCGGAAUUUCCCAAGAAAUCGACAUUGUUUUAAAGACAAAAGAUUUUAGCUGCCUGGGAAUUUAAAAUAGCACAACUGUGAAAAUUACUGCACGCGCGAGUGCAUAAAGCAAAAUUUAUGCAUUUAUUUAAUGACACUUAAUAAGUUUUUAUUUUACAAGUACUGUACAGUACAACAACAGUAAUAUGAUCUAUUAUAGAGCAAUUCGAUUUCAAUUCGCGGGGGCCUGAAAUCUUUUAUGCUUAAGAAUUAUAAAGUGGAUUUCUUAGGAAAUUCCAAGUUGCGUUUCACUUCGAGUAACGGGCGGAGGUAUGCAGUCUCUGAGUGCCCUCUAGUUACUUUGUAGAUCGUGUUUUCAUUCGAAUGUAAGAUUCGUUAUAAGUAAAAAAUAUAUUAUCAUGUAUCAUCAUCUGUCAUUUUCUGCACAGGUUUAGUUCUUCAACUGGCGAUUGAAGAGGACGAAUAUCUGGGUGAACUGACAGAGGAAGCAGGCGUGCGGGUUCUGCUUCAUGAACCGGGAGCCAUGCCUUUUCCUUUUGAAGAAGGAUUCAGUAUCGCUCCAGGCAUGGCUACGUCUAUUGGUUUAACAAAAGUAUGUAUUGGACAUUUGAAUAAUAUAAUAGGCAUAUGAGCUUGACUUGAAAAAUAGGACUAGCGCUGGCUGCCACAGCGUAAUACACAGCUUAGUUCAAGUUUUUAUGAGUAACAACUUUGUAGCACCUAGAUAAAAUGACAACAUUGUUACAAUAUUGUUACAUGCGAACACAUCUCCCAUCAGUUUUAUCAAGACAAGUAACGAUAAGGUGUUUGCUCAUGAAUGAUUUGAGGACUUCAAAGAAGAGAUUUGUCUUUUUAAUUCGGGUUUUCCUGUUUGUAGACACUGAUCAAAAGAUUGGAUAGAUUUGAGAAUGGAAGUUGUUCUGAAGACGAUGUUUCAUUACGUGAAGACAAUUUGUACAGGAAACAUAAAAACAUUACGCGCUAUUCGUUACAGGUUUGCCAAAAUGUUCCUUUAAUACUAAGGUCAUGUAACGCAUGGAAGGGAAUUUUUUCUAUGUCGCAUAUAUUUUCGAUGAAAAGAAUUCAAAACCUGAAAUCUUGUUGGUGUACCUGCCAAAAACUACUUGGUAUACUUUUUGAUUUUUAAAUUCUGACGGUUGACAAAAAAUAGCGGUAAAAAAUGUAUAUUAAAAUACAACUAUUAAUGAUGCUAUAUUUACAGCAACAUAAGUAAACUGGACUAUGUCAAGACGGCUUUACCUUUGGAAUUUUGCUUAUUUAAUAUUUCAAUACUAUACGGUCGAAUGAUUCGGCGAGGCAAUUAUGAGGGUCCUGAAGGCGGGUCGUAUUCCCAUUUCCCAGCCCAAAUUUUGACUAAAUCCCAUUGUCCCAGAGUACAAAUCCCAUCAUCUCAGUGACUGUCCUGCACAAAUCUUAAUCCCAUUCCCAUUUUCUAUCGAUUUUUUGCUGAUGAAUCCCAGUCCCAGUGCAUGAAGUCCAUUUUCCCACCCAAAAAUAAGCAAAUAUCCCAGUUCCCGUUUUGCCCCUUCAGGACCCUCAAUUACAUAUUGGAUGAUUGCUUCAUUACGCCAAAAGUUCAUUGUCUUCAGCUUGAAAAAUCUCAUUAACGUGGAAAAAAGGAUAGGACAGAGAAUUUGCUCGAGUUUUCAUGCUAAAGUGAUGUCUUUGUGAAAACGUUCGGUCUUGACGUAGAAGAAAUAGACGCGGACAAAUGAUAAAGUCCUCUUAUUGUUUCUUCUUCCUUUAACAGGCAUGUCUCAACUCUUGUUUGGGAGAAAGUCAAUUGGCUAUGUGCAAAUGUGCUGAAGCUUCUUAUCCAUCUGGAAAAGAAGAACCAUGUGAUGUUUUUGACAAAUAUAAGAGUAAGAUUUCAACCAUAGAAAGGCGUCCGUAUUCGUGAGAUGCCCGUAUUAGAGAGGUAUCCGUAUUGUAGAGAGGCAUGAUUUUGACAAUUUGUUUUCAUGCAGGAAAAUGUUUACAGAGGGUGAAAUUUCUCUUCAGCAAAGAUCAACUUCCAUGUAUUGAUGAAUGCAAACGACCAUGCAGGCAAGUUUUGCUUUGUCUUAUGUGGCCGAUUUUAUACUUGCAACGACAAUAUCUGUGACGCUUUUACAGACGAUAACCGAGACUUUAAGAUUAGCGUUUAUACGACGGCAUAUCUCUAACCGCAGAUGGUAAACUUCAAAUGGCAUAUUUUGAGUGCAACUGUUCGAAGUUAGGGCAAUUUGUGCAUUAAAAUAUGAAUAGCUACAUACUCAGCUGUCUUGUUACCUUCAAAUUUACUGACAAUCUUAAGAUCUCAAAUAUCGUCCCAGAUGUUAACUGAGUCAUCUAGUAUAUAUGCUGAUUCUCUACUUUUCGAAAUUUUAUAGAGAGCAGAUUUAUGAAAAGACAAUAAGUUCAUCUCAAUGGCCAUCUUCUGCACGUAGUGUAUGUUAUUUGAAUUAGUGUACAAGUCCAGAGCAUAGUGAUGUGUAUAAUUACUGGUUCGUAAAACCCCAUGAUCGAUAACAACCAAAAAUUCGCCUAAACACGCGUUAUCUCGCGAUCGCGGCCACGUUGGCGAGUUACCAUACCAGAGUAGGCCAUGCAUAUGUGAUAAAUCACAAUCAGUCGAAUCAGACAUUGGUAUUGUUUUAAUUCACUGAAUCCCAACUAUUUGAGUUACAGGUAAACUACGUGAAGCGUUCCUCUUUUGAGUUUCUAAAUUGAUUGCAAUUUUCCUCAUUACUUUUGCAAUUUAAAAAACUCCCUUGCAAAUCCCUUGAGGGAAUUUGCAAUGUUGCUAAAAGCCAAAAAAAGUUUCCUCAGUUCCUGUUAGAAGUUCUUAACUUCCUGUUACAAGUUCCUAACUUCCUGUUCUGUUCUGGGCGUUGCAAUAGGCUAACAAAAAUAAUCGACCAAUAACAACGCUCAGGACAGAACAGGAAGUUAGAAAAUUAAAACAGGAAGUUAGGAAAAUUUAAAAUGAAGUUUGGAAUAUUGCAACAGCCGAUAGGAACAUUGCAAAUUCCCUCAAGGGAUUUGCAAAGAGUUUUUCAAAUUUGCAAAGCUAAUGAGGAAAAUUCUAAAUGAGUCACGAAGUCAAAAGAGGAACGCUUCACGUAGUUUACCUGUAAUUAGUCCGUGCAUUUUUCAAAUGUACCGUGAAACCAUAUAAGCUAUUACAAAUUUGUAAUUGUUUUUAAAGUUUUAUAUCUUUAGUUACUUUUUAACCUGAAGAUGGAGUUAUACUCCGAAACGUAGUUAUUAAAAUAAUCUUUUCGUACUGAGCCUAUAUGGUCUAAUUUUUUCAAACACAGAAUUACUAAAAUGCGGCUUAGAGAAAGUUCCGUCAUACAACAUAAUAAUAAUAAUAAUAAUAAUAAUAAACAUUUAUAUAGCGCACAAACCAAGACUGUUCUAGGCGCUUUACAGUAAUACAAAAUCCAAUCUUAAAACUAGUGUUAAGAAUGUUAAAACUAUAGAAUACAUCAUACACUAUUUAAAAACAAGUUAAAAAGAUAUGUUUUAAGAAACUUCUUAAAAAUGGAUAAUGAUUCACACAUCCGAAGAUGAACAGGUAAAUCAUUCCACAAUCUUGGUCCAGCAACACAGAACGAUCUGUCUCCGUAUGUCUUUAGUCUAGAAUAAGGAAUCUGGAGCAAUUCAUUUCCAUUUGAUCGAAGAGUACGCUGCGAAGUACGACACAGCAUAAGUUCCUUCAGAUACGAUGGAGCAAGAUCAUUAACAGCUUUGUAGACAAGAAGUAUAAUCUUGAAUUGAAUACGGUAUUGGACAGGUAACCAAUGCAAUUCGAUAAGAACUGGGGUGAUAUGCGCCGAUUUCUUAGUAUCAGUUAGUAAACGAGCUGCAGUAUUUUGGACUCUCUGAAGCUUCUGAAGCAAAUAUUUGGGUACACCAUACAACAGGGAGUUACAAUAAUCCAAUCUUGAAGUUAUAAAUGCAUGAAUAAUUAUUUCUAAGCAAUUUCGAGGUAGAUACUUCUUAAUUCUUGAAAUAUUCCUAAUAUGGUAGUAAGCUGACUUGCAGAUACCAUUAAUAUGUUCGCCCAAUCUGAUCCACUCAUCAAAAAUCACCCCCAGAUUUCUUGCUGAAACAGUUGGCACAAUUUUUUCCUUUCCCACCAUGAUAUAAUUUAAGGGAGGCAUCAGAUGAUAGCGUGAAUGGACUAAUAUAAGCUCCGUUUUGCCACUAUUUAGUUUCAAUUUAUUCAACAUCAACUGACCAAGUUUGGACGAAAAAUGUUGAAAACUCCCAGUGUUAUUUAAUAAAAUACAUUUCGCUUGCAAUAAGAAAAACAUUGAAAAUGUAAUAUUCAAAUUCAAUUUUCGCCCGAAGAAUUUUACGGCAAUUACUGAUUUUUAAACGAUUUGUGCUCCUGCGGGUUUUAACGAAUUUUUCUCAAAUUUUCACAGGAUAUAGCUAAGGACGUCAGUUUCAAAAUUUUGUUCGGCUUUGUUCUAAUUUUGGAUAUUUUAAUAAGGAGCAGUUCACACAAACGAUUCAGAAAUAUGUUGCAGUCGUCAAAGAAAUCGCCAUAUCAGCGGAAGACGAAAUAAACAAAAAAUUCCGAACACAAUUUUUUAGAACAACUAUUUUUAAUUACUGUAUAAAAAUGAUAUUUUCAUAAAUAUAUCUUAAAACCAGCAGGAACAUAACUCAAAAGCGUAAAGGUGCCGCGACUUAAGAUUUUCCUGAAUAAUUCUUACAUUAUUUUAUUGUUUGUCAAUUUUACAACUUUAUCAUAUUUUGCAUGCACUGGCUAACAUUUGGUGAAAAUUUGAUGAAAAUCGGACUGAUUUUGAGCGCGCGGUGCAUAAGAGCUUAUUUGGUGCAUAAGACCUAAAGUACUACAUCAGGUUGGUUGUUCCAUUUGCCAAACGGAAAAACUUCGCCGCGAAAAAGUUGGAUCAGUUCCUAUACUUGCAUGGAUAUAAGUAUAAAAUCGUUAACAGAUUUGACAAGUUUUCUUCCAAAACCUUCACCGUCGUUCACUCGUUCCUAUAUAAAUUUCAAAUCAUUUUCAAAUUUCAUUCAAUUCUUCAUAUAUAGUUUAGCAUUUUGGUAUUUUAGCAACGUUUGGCGGGCCAUUUUACUGCUGUAUCACGUCAUCAGGCAUUUAAAACUAUAAUUCUACAAAAACAUCUUUACAGACGUCGAAUUUUCGUUUAAGCGUCAAAUUUUCGUCGGGACCACUGGAUAUAAUUAACAAUGAAUAAAAUUACUAAAAGCUUGCAUUUUGUAUACAACUAUUACGGUAGCUUUUAAAAGUUGUUAAAAAAUAUUUUUAACUGUUUUUUGUCAUCUUUGUUUCAUAAUGGCAUAUGCUAAGACAAUUAUUCACUGCACUGUCGGUAAAUAUUGCAAAGAUAUUCACCUCAACUUUCCAUAUUCCCUUUUUUACUAAUCUUCUUCUAUUAUAUAUAACAUAAUUUGGCAGACUUGUUUAGGCCACGACAUUUGUCUGGAGAAUAUUCUGUUGGCGCGAACAAAAGGCACAUCUGCCCUUAGACAGAAUAAUAAAGUAGGGCGCAAUGCAACGUAAUAAAACUCUAUUAAGUUAAAACUCUAUUAAGAGCACAUUUUUGAAGAAUUACAAUUUACAUUCAAAAAUGACAGAAUCACUUUUUAAUUACAUUCUCAAAAACGACAAAAUGACCGCCGCUUGUAAUGCCCUUCCAUUUAACUUGGAAGGUCAGGGUGAAAGUAUUUAACUUGAAAUUAUGGCAACUCGGGAGUUCGAUCGGCCUCUAGAUUAAUAGGUUUUUUUCUGACGCACAUUUGCCACGGAAAGAGUUCGAAACCCAAAAUCUUUUUGGCGCCUCUCAAAAUUACUUUAUGUAAGUUUUUUUUUGUAGUAUAUUAUACGGUUAGCUAUAACUUUUUAAAUGCAUCUGCCGUUUGAAAAAAAAAAUAAAGUAGUAUGGCACACUGUUGUCAAUUACAAUAUAAUUAUCGUUCGGCGAUGCUUUGAAAUGGACGAGAGGGAGGUUUUCGAGAUAGUUCAGAUAAAUAGAUAAUUUAAACUCAGAGUUCGCUUUCAGGCUUAAUGUUAGGAUUAUAGGGUUGGGGCUAGGUUUAGAAUAAAGUUUAAAGUUUGUCGUAAGUGUAUGGUUACUGACCCUUUUGUGUUUUAACGAUCUUGAAAAAUAGCCGCCAUCUUGAAAACCUCCCUAGCUCUCAUCCAUCCUACUUUACUGGCAACAACUUGGCAUAUCAUCUAAAAUACUUUCAUUUUAACAUUAUUUUAUAGAUAAUUAAAGCUCCAAACGUACUUUUCAAGUUUGUUUGCAGAUUGAGAAAGUGUUAAAAAAUUAAAAUUUUGAAUGUAGUCACAACCAAGUAGUAUAUUUUCCCCGUAAUACACGAUGACGCCAACUACUUUUCUAAUUAUCCAUGAUUACAGUAUAGUAUAAGUAGUUUGGUCUCACCAUGCAGCUAUUGCACUUUAUGCCUAUGUUGUCUAUUGAUGACAAACGGAUGGUCUAACAGACGUAUUUUAGCGUUAAACAGUUUCAAGUUCAGUUUCCUCUUGGAUAUAGGUACGUAUACAUACAUAUUCUUUAUUACUUAGCAUAAAAAUCGUUUAAAGAUUUGACAAGUUUUCUUCUAAAACUUUCACCUUAUAAAACUAUUACGGUAUAGCUUUAAUUUUUAGAGUUGUUUUAAAAAUAUGUCAGUCACUAUUUUUUGUCAUCUUUGUUUCAUAAUGGCAUAUGUCAAGACAAUCAUUCACCUCAGUGUCGGUGAAUGGUGCAAAGAUAUUCCAUAUUCCCUUUUUACUAAUCUUCUUCUAUUAUCCCAUGAUCUGGUGAAUGUAGUUUGUUCAGGCAUUCAUUUACUUAAACUAUAGAGUAUAACAUAAGCAUAUUGAUGGAGGCAUUUCAAGACAAAAAUGAUGCGGAAGAAAAAAAGAAACCAUCGUUUCGUGGUACAUUGGUUGAGUUUAUGGGCUAUACAUCAGCACAUGGUUUUGGAAGACUUGUUGCGGCCACGACAUUUGUGUGGAGAAUAUUCUGGAUCCUGGCAAUUCUCGGUGCUUCUGGAAUGUUCGCCGUAGAAGUAAUGGAUCUCUUCAAGUUGUAUUUAUCACGACCCGUGCAAACAUCUGUGAGUGUGGCAUUUGAAAAGGUACUACAAUGGUCUCUGACUAAAGCCACAUAUAACAGACGAGCAAAUUUUCCUUGUCAAGUUUUUCAGGCUUUACUUGUUCAUGCAUGUACGGCAAAAGUGGACCGUAUUCUAUUUGGCAAGUAUCCUUUAUCUAAAGCUGGUCAUGCCAGCUGUUCAACAAGGACAAUUGUUCGUGUAUAUAUAGCAAUCAAGGACAACUUAAGCCUAAAACUGAAUAUAUCUAUAAGUAUAGCAAUCUGUGUAGUGGAAUAGUUUUAUUAGGGAGUUUAAGCUUCACGUUUCUAGGAACGGCAAACGGCAGGUUCGAAAUUUCUUGCCAAAAUUUUCGUUGAACGUUUUCGUUUCAUAUUUUCUUUCUUGUGUCGAAAGAAUAACCAUGGAUUGCAGUUUUAAAACAGCAAGUUAAGGUUCCAAAGCUAGUUAAGGCGGACAUGUGAAGGAAGAUUUGUUCGUGUGUACACGACCUCCAAGGACACAUUGACAAUUGUGUAUACAAAAAAUACUUCUGUGGUUUUGGCAAACAUAAGGCGACCUAACGUGAAAUAAAUGUUUAGCUGACAAAAUUCCGUGCAUUAGUUUUGGUGAAGACGAGGUGAAAGACGUUUGCUCCGGCGACUGCAUGCGUCACCGAAGCCCAUGCAAUGAUAUAAUCUUCUUCUCUGUUUAAUUUCAGCAACUAAACUUUCCUGCUGUUACCAUUUGUAAUUUGAACAUGAUAAAGAAUAGCUCUGUAGUAAUGUAUUUGCCUGACGAGUUGAUACAAAGAUUCACGCUUUCCGAGACUGUGACAUAUUAUGAGGAGAUCACUGAAAAGCCGAAUGAAGUUGCCAAUAUCACUGAAAAAUCAUCUGAAGCUGUUAAUAUCACUGAGAAACCGACUGCAGAUAACAAUAAGACUGAACAGCCGACUGCACACACGAGCAUUGCGCAUGCGCCACAAUGUAAGUAUAAAGUUAAAACUAUAGCCUUUUUGCAAUAUGUAUAUUUGUCGAACCACGAGAAUUAACGGUUGGAUCUGAAGAGAGAUUUCACCGCAGCGAACAUUUUUUAUUAAAUAACUUUAGCAGGCGUUGAGGCGUAUUUUGCGAGCUAACAUGAACAAAUUAGCGGCGAGACAAACUCCCACGGUGUUUCUAUAUAACUGUGUGGAAAAAACAUAUAUGUUUUCUACUUCUUAAAAUAUCAGCUAAUUUUUUCUAUUUUUGCCCUUUUGUCGACAUGCAUGCAGGGAGUAUCAAAUGGUAAGAUUGAAAUUCACUUUUAAUUUUACAGCAAGGAGGAGAAAAAAACGAGAGGAACCGACAGAAGACGGGUAAAAUAUUUAUAAAAUAUUUUGACACUCCCCAAACUCGAGAUGCCUGGGUAUCAUGGAGGGUAAAGAGGGCCUGACACAAAUCCCUGUCUGCAUGGCCGCAUGUAAAAAGUCAUAAUCCGGCUUUUACAUACAUACAUACAUACAUACACACAUACACACACACAUACACACAUAUACAUACAAACAUAAAAAAAUUAUUUAAACACGUUAGCCUUAACAUCUUUCGAUGGUUUCCUCCAUGGGGACGUGUAAGAUUAAAACUAAUACAUAUACAUCAUACAAACUAUUUACAUAAUUAUUCUUUAGACAAUUAGCAAACAUAAAUAACAAACAUACAAAACUAUUUACAUACUUAUUGUUUUCGAAAAUGUAGCUUCACUAGUCUUUUGAAAUAACUGAUAGAAUUGGAUUGUUUUGCCUGAUUAAUCGAUUUAUCGGACAAAAAUUUCAAUCUGUUUUUUGAAUGGUUAGUGCUAACUAGAUUAUGCUAUUGUUCAUGAUAGGUUUUAGUAUUUUAACUAGAAUUAGAUUGUUGUUUGCUAUUGCGUGAAAUUGACAUCUAUCCUCCAAGGAUACUAAAUAUAUUUAUAAUAUAGCAUUUGUAAAUUCUCAACGCUGAUUGGCUAAGAGCCGUGUUGACAUAACCAUAUAACAUAACUCAAUGUCAACACGGAAAAUUUCCCGCGGCUCUUUAAAUUCAAAAGGGUAUUCCCGAAAUUUGUGCUAAAUUAUAAAAAAAAUAUAAAACAGUUUUCCGUAUUGAUAUUAAAACAUUUUGGAAUUUCAAUCUACAAAUGACUUGUACUCAUAUUGGAUUGUCAAGGUAUAAUGAUGAUGACAGGGAAAAUGGUAAUGAAGAUGUGCAUUUUUCUGGUGAAAAGGAUGUGGACGGCGAUAUUGUUGAUAAAGAGGGUGUGGAUGGCGAUACUGUUGAUAAAGAGGGUGUGGAUGGCGAUACUGUUGAUAAAGAGGGUGUGGAUGGCGGUACUGUUGAUAAAGAGGGUGUGGAUGGCGAUACUGUUGAUGAAGAGGGUGUGGAUGGCGGUACUGUUGAUAAAGAGGGUGUGGAUGGCGGUACUGUUGAUAAAGAGGAUGUGGAUGACUACAGUGUUCAUGAAGUAGACGAAGAUAUUUCUGAUGAAUACCCCGAAGAAGAGAUCGUGAACCCCGAAGAAGAGCUGAGAAGGGAGCUCAAUUCACACAUUGGCACUUACAAACGUACUGAAGAAUUACAUAAACUUGGCCAUAAACGAUAUAAUUUGAUACAAGAUUGUACAUGGAAAAGCACUGACUGCAGAAAAGGGUAGGAUGGAAUGUUAAACACGAAAACACACUUGCAUAAUGUUUACUAAUGUUUAUACAGUGACUCGCUCUCCCCUUGCCUCGUCCCCAGGCGCUAAUAAAAAAUUCAUGCGAGUCACUAUAUGAAAGGUUUACAUGAAGUAGUGCAUCGCGACGAACAAGCGCAAGGGUUUAAAGGCGAUUUUCCAGUCCUCGCACGAAGCUCCAAAUAGUGUAUGUUGCUACUCAGAGUUUCAUGUAGGUUCGCAAUCCGCAGGCAUGAACUGCAUGUUUUUACUCCAAUUUUCACCCCAAAGGUUUGUGGUUGCAUUGUAAAGAUCACUUAAAAUGACUUAAUAAUUUCCUUUAUAGAAUUUUGGUAACAUGCUCCCUUUUCAAGAUAUUCAAAUUUGUUUCAUAUGCAAAUAUCACCAGUGUGACAUCACAUCACAUCACAUGAGUUUUCAGAAAAGUAUAGUUUUCUUGUUGAAUACGUAUCUAAAAAAACUUAAAUGUAUAUGUACUGUUAUAACUGGUAAUUAACCCUCUGUAUUUGUUUGUAAAAAUAUUUUUUCAAGGUAAAAUAUUGCGUUUUCAAAAUGUCAUUAUGCGAUGUGAUGUCACACCGGUGAUAUUUGCAUAUGAAACAAAGUUGAAUAUCUUGCCAAGGAAGCAAGUUACAAAAAUUUAAAAAAAAAAUUAUUAAGUCACUUUAAGUGAUCUUUACAAUGCAAUCAUAAACAUUUGGGGUGAAAUUUCGUGUCAUAAGCACUUUAAAUGAUAGCAUUCUGAUAUUCUGAUUUCUUUGCAUGCAGACAUUUCACGAUGUUUUGGAAAUGGAGCUGGAACUAUAGAUAUGGAAACUGCUACACAUUCAACGAUGGCGUGGAUAAUGACGAUCAACCUCUUCGCAUUUUAAAAUCAUCCAAACCAGGACCAUCUCAAG